AACGGUAUCAAAAUAAGGGGAGAGUUUUUGAAGCGGUACCGAUGAACGAGCGCUCCUGGCACACAGCACAGUACUGUUGAGGGAACUUCAGCUUGGCAGCCGAGAGCAUUUCAUUUCUCAUCCUCCCUGCUGACGUCUGACUUCCGCAUUCCUCGCUCUUCCCGAUCAGGGAUCAGCGCUCGAGACCCGAGCUGAUGCAACGAUCCCCGCUCUUCAAGAUCUACUCGCGACCUCCGGCUGACGUCACAAAGGGAUUCCACUCGCUCACCUCGAGACCAAAGUCAGCUGUGGUCACGGGCGUUUGUGACAUGAUGCCGGGACAGCUACCGGACCCCUCGGUGACCGCCGGCUCGCUGCCCAGUCUGGGCCCUCUAGCGGGCAUUUCUGCCACCACACUGACUGAACACAUGAAAUAUGCUGACCUCUGCAACCUUGGGGCCAUGCUGUCCCCUUUACAUCUACUGGGGAAGCUGGGCAAGCGGACGCUCCCUAUUAAAGCCGAGAAAGAUGAAGAGGAAGACCGGAGGAAAAGACGGCGAGAGAAAAACAAAGUGGCAGCAGCAAGAUGUCGAAACAAAAAGAAAGAAAGAACAGAGUAUCUACAAAGGGAAUCUGAGCGUCUAGAGAUGAUGAACUCGGAGCUGAAAGCACAGAUCGAGGAGCUAAAGCACGAACGACAGCAGCUCAUACUGAUGCUCAAUCGCCAUCGGCCCACCUGCAUCGUGAGUACAGACAGCAUCAAGACGCCUGAGAAAGAGGCCAACCCUCUGCUGGAGCAGGUGGAGGCCAAAUGAGAAGGAACCACGCAUUUCCAUGUUACUGUUUACAGGUCAGCUCGUCUCCAGCUAGCUGAAGCACUUGGUUUGAAGCACUUGGACAUUUUAGGGAAGAGAGAAUGGCGUCUCUGACUUGCGAGGUUGGAGUUUAGAGACUAAACAAAGCAAAAAGAAAAACACACGGAUGGCCUGUGUGUUGGCAGUUGUGAAACUUUUGUGGGAUAGUUUUUUUUUUUGGUCAUAAAGUGCCUUAUUUGUAUUAGUCCAUUUAGGUGUUUGGAAAGAAUUGUCUAUAGGUUGUUCUGAAUUGAUGAAAACAUGCAUGUUGUGGCCUCGCCAUGUUAACCGGAUGAUUCUUCACGGACUGUCUCAACGUUUAUUCACCAUUUGCUGCCUUCAGUUGCGUUUUAGUUUUUUUUCUGACGCAGGCGUCAUGUAUGCACAUAUGUAUGAACUGUUUACAUCUUGCCAAUUUAUUAUAGUUAUCUAGUAUAUAAAUAUAUAUAUAUGAUUUUUAUACUUCUUGUACAUGGACUUAUCACUAGAUGUGAUACAUUUUAUGCAACAAUUUCAUAACCUCUAUUUCUGUGACUUAUUCAAUUUGUUGUAUAGCUGUGAAAACUGCAAACAGUUAUUAAACGAGUGAUUUCCAAAUGUUAUUUUGCAAUGCUCAGAAUUUUUAGAGUUGGUCAACCUGUAGCCGUUUACUGUAAAAAUUCUUUCAAGCUCAGUUUCAUUUUCAUUUCCCUUUUUCUUCUUGACUUAGGCAGAGUGAAUAUAUCAAAUAAAGCAAGGCAAUCAGAAAAGGCAGCUAAAGAUAGAAUUAAAGGCUGCUUUGUUUACAAAAAACAACAAACAAACAGGUGCUUCAAACAUUUUCUGUUUUGUAACCUCUUUUGUCUGUCAUUAGCCCCAUCAGCACAUUCCAUUAAACAGUUUUCCUACUAAAUCAUAUCAUACCUGAUAUUAUUUAUAAAUAUAAUGUACAUUAGUAGU